CUGUGCGGUGCGGCAGGGCUUGCCACCGGCCGGCGUUGCAACCUGCAAACCAAUACAACCAUCUCCCAAGUUGGUUGAUGCGACGUCCCAGCUACCUCCCCCCUCAUGGCUACAACUAGCGGCGGCGGCAGCAUUGGUGGCCGGCGGAUCUGGGGUACCUCACUCGCCGUCCUCGCGCUCGCCGUCGCCGUCGCCCUCGCCUCCUUCCUCUCCCUCCGCUCGCCCGGCAUGGCCGAGGCCGACGACCUGCCCGCCUCCGUCCACGACAUCUCCGUCAAGGAUAUAAAGGGGAAUGAUGUGAAGCUGAGCGAGUACGCCGGGAAGGUUCUUCUUGUUGUUAACGUGGCUUCAAAAUGUGGCUUAACAAAUUCCAAUUACAAGGAGUUGAAUGUCCUGUAUGAAAAAUACAAAGAAAAAGGUCUUGAGAUACUUGCAUUUCCAUGCAACCAAUUUGCUGGUCAAGAGCCUGGCAGCAACGAAGAAAUCGAACAGACAGUUUGUACCCGAUUCAAAGCAGAGUUUCCUAUUUUUGACAAGAUUGAUGUUAAUGGGAAGGAAGCUGCACCACUAUACAAGUUCUUAAAAUCACAGAAAGGUGGAUUCCUUGGUGAUGGCAUCAAAUGGAACUUCACAAAGUUUCUCGUCGAUAAAGAUGGCAAGGUUGUCGAGCGAUAUGCCCCAACAACUUCUCCAUUGAAGAUUGAGAGUGAUAUCCAGAAGCUACUUGGGACCUCAUAACUAGCAUCACAGAACAUGUAUGUGGAUGCCAAAUGUUGUAUAAUUGGCUUAAAAGAAGGUGUUCCUACAUGUGAUGUUUUGUAAAGCACUCGUGAGAUGCAAUUGGUUUUAAUUGUCUAUGUUUAUAAGCAAGUGGUUUGCCUCUUUUAUAUGCAGAAAACAUUCUGUGCGCA